UUCAGCGUGGAGUCUCGUCACGGACAGAGGUGUCACGACACAUAGCGACACGACACGAUAUCAAUCAGACCGCGGCGAGUGUGAGAGAGUGUGUAUGAGUGCUAGUGUAGCUACUACGAGGUGUAGCGCCUAGUUAGAUCCGGUUUUUUCGUAACUCCUCUAUACGGAAAUAAAGUAGCGAUUUUUUCGCGCUCACGCUGGAAGAUUUCUUCUAGACAAGUCGAAGAUAGCUGGCACAAAGAAGAGAGAAUACCUAACCAAUCAGCAACGUGCAGCAACUGAUUUGGUGGGGGAUUCCUACCAAUUUUGCACUUCUCCUUUGCCCUCUACUAUUUCCCAUCCUUCAAUUUUCUUGCCUUCCCCUUGCUUCACCCCCUACCACUCUUACCUAUUCAUACGUCUCCUCUUUCUUCUUUAAUUUUUUCUACCUUCUUCUUCUUUCUAAAUUCUCUCUCACACUAUCACUUCCGUUGUCUUCCUUCUCAACCCACAUCAUCAUAUAACUUUCCACAACUAUUUCGCAUUCACUUCUUAUCCUCCUCAUCCGAAUGUCACUGAUAUUGCUACCACUUCUAAAUUUCUAAAUUGUUUUCCACAACUACUAACUGAUCUUCCUCAAUCCACUUACCAUAUACUUCCUGAAGUUCUGUUCAGAUUCCCUUCCAACAUCUAUCACUUUUUGUGAUUCCCAGGUUUCCAGUUCACAUGCCUUUUCACCGUUGCUGUCUGCUCUCCAAUCCAACCUCAAUUCUUUGAAAAUAUAGAAUUCUGAACUAUCAAAUUUUUCCUAAGUUCAUUCUUCCUUCUCCUGUCUUACCUCUUCUUUAAUUUAUUCCCAAUUCCUUCCUCUCAAUCAUCACCUUGUAAAUUCCGGUUUUUGCAUUAGACUCAAGCUCCGUUCUUCACUUCUUUCUCUUUACUAAAUAUUGUUCUUUCCUUGUAUCUCCUUCCCAUAUACCUUUAUUCCUAUUUUAUCAAUUCUCUCCUGAAGAUUGUUCAACCUCUUUAAUGCUUCUUCCCUCUUUCUCCUAGAAUCUAUCGUCAACUUUACAGUACUCUGACCUCCUGCUUGUCACUGAAGAUGCAGCUGUCUGCACUGGUCUUAUCAGCUGCAGCUGCAAUGUGAUGCUGAGGUGCAGCGGCGGCAGCUGCAAGGGGGGCGGGGGCGACUCAUCCUCCUCCGACACCACUUCAACCAGCACAUCAGCUGAUCAGGAGGCGGCGAUGACGUCAUCACACCAGGUGCAGCGUCAUCAUGGCGGUGUGGCCGCGUUUCUGGCCGCCUUCUCGCCGAGGAACCUCUUCAGGCAGUUCAAGAAGGCGCCCGAGUUCACCAUGCCUAAGGCUGAGCGAACCAUGAAAGCAGCCAUUCUGAUUCAGAGAUGGUACAGGAGGUAUCUAGCGCGUAUGGAAAUAAGGAGAAGAUAUACGUGGAACAUAUUCCAAAGUAUUGAAUACCAAGGCGAACAGGACCAGGUUAAGUUAUACAAGUUUUUCAACGCGUUGUUAACUCACAUACCGACGCAAACUACUAUUGAUAAGACUGUUUCUAGUGAUGCUACUUCAAAAUCGUCAUCUACUGAUACGACCGCUGAGACUAAGUUCGAAGAGGAAACUCCCAGUGAUACGGGAAGUUCGACAGCACACCCGGUCGAAAGCAACUAUCGGGGAAUCCAUAUCGGGUCACCGCUUUCCAAACGGGAUCUUGAAAAUCUUCUGGAGUCGUUCAAGAAGAAAAAGCAACAUCGACUGCACGCGAAAUAUGUGUCGAGUAUACUUCAACAAGCAGUGACUCAUCUGAAGAAGCUGCCGAACCUCAAUCUAGCUUCCACUGCCAUUUCUAAGCAAAUCACAAUCUGCGGAGACAUCCACGGCAAACUGGAUGACCUACUCACAAUAUUCCAUAAGAACGGUCUUCCAUCGGCGGAGAACCCGUACGUUUUCAAUGGCGAUUUUGUCGAUCGAGGCAAGAAAGGCCUCGAAGUUCUUCUAGUCUUGCUUUGUUGUCUCAUAGUCUUCCCGGAUGGCGUCCAUCUGAACAGAGGAAACCACGAGGAUCAUGUUAUGAACACAAGAUACGGAUUCAUAAGAGAGAUGAAGAUGAAGUAUAAGCAUAACGCUGAGCGUCUACUAAAGCAGAUCGACACCGUGUACCGCUGGCUGCCGCUGGGAACCAUCGUCAAUGGGCGGGUGCUGGUGGUACAUGGAGGCAUCUCUGACAUCACCGACCUCGAGUGGAUCCGGAGAGUUGACCGCAGCAAGUACAUAUCACUACUAAGGCCGCCUGUACAAGAAAGUGGCCAUGUGCAGAACGAAGUCAUUGAUAAAAUAGAAUGGAAGCAGGUGUUUGACCUACUAUGGAGUGAUCCUCAGAGUGGCGAUGGGUGUGUUCCGAACUCGCUGCGAGGCGCCGGAACCUAUUUUGGUCCUGACGUCACCAACAAGUUUCUACAAAAGCACAGUCUGUCUCUCCUUGUCAGAUCUCACGAGUGCAAGCUGGAAGGCUAUGAACUCAUACAUUGUAACAAGGUAAUCACGAUCUUCUCGGCGUCGAACUACUACGAGACGGGCAGCAACAAGGGCGCCUACAUGAAGCUGUGUGGUCCGGAUCUGGAGCCACACUUUGUGCAGUUCAACACCAAGGGCCACGGCCCGAGGGCAUUGACCUUUCGGCAGAGGGUUGGUCUCGUCGAGACGUCCGCCAUUCGCGAACUCACAGCCAAGAUUCAAAACAGCCGCGAUAAGCUCAUGGACGCUUUCGGCAAGCUGGAUCCCAAUGGCACAGAAACGGUGACAGUUCACGAGUGGUGUGAGACGAUGGAGGCGGGCACUGGCCUGAGGCUGCCCUGGCGGAUGCUGCGGUCGAAGCUGGUCUCCGAGCUGCCCACCGACACCUCCCGGGUCCGCUACAUCACCACCUUCCAGGAGAACGUCGUCAAAAGACAAACUGAUACAAACGUAGCAGAGACUCUGUAUAGGAAUAAAUCAAGUCUUGAAGCAAUAUUCAGGAUAAUUGAUAAAGACAAUUCUGGUUACAUUUCGCUGGACGAGUUCCAGGACGCGUGCUGCUUGCUGGGCGAAGUGCUGGAGCACCCGGCAGAGCAGGCGGUCGACAUCUGCCGCAGCAUGGACAUCAACAAGGACGGACUGGUCGACCUCAACGAGUUCCUCGAGACAUUCCGCAUCGUCAACAUGGACAAGGGUGGCGCCGACUCACUCGACAUCGCCGACUCUGACGACGAUUGAAUCAAUCGUCAAUGUUUCCAGGACAAGAUCGACGCUGAAUUUAUUGAUAUCUGUUGAGGAUUGAAGAGUGGACUUAUUAUUUUUAUUAUUAGGUAGGCCUACUGACUAUAAACUUGCAAUUCAAUUUGAUUGUCAAGUUCUUAGAGAACUGAUAGGCAUUUGGUUCUUGGACAAGAUCGAUGCUGAAUUCAUGAAAAUGUUUGAUUCUUUCGGGGAUUAAAGUGCGGAUUAGUUUUUCAGAUGACUGUAAACUUUCAAUUCAAUUCAAUUCGAUAGUUAAUAAAUUAUCGUACAUCUAAUCAUUUUUACUUGGACAAGAUUGACGCUGAGUUUGUGGGAAGA